AUGUCGAGGCGGAAUAAGAAGCCCCGAUUAUUGCAUGAGAAUGAAAGGGCGCGACUUGAGGAGUUUAUCGACUCGAUUGGCUAUUCAGCAAGAUAUUCCGAUUCCGAAUACGAGUACAGACAUGUGCAACUUCCGAAAGCCAUGUUAAAGGUGAUUCCGCGAGACUACUUUGACGACUCCAAAGGUACUCUGAAGCUGCUGUGGGAGGAAGAAUGGCGCGGAUUGGGCAUAACUCAGAGUCUGGGAUGGGAACACUACGAGGUGCAUGAGCCUGAACCACACAUCCUUCUCUUCAAGCGUCUUAUCGGCUAUCAGCCUCCAGCUCAAUAG